AUAAAACGCAUUCAAAGAUUAAGAUGCGAUGGUGAUAAAAGCGAGGAUAAGAACUACGAGGAACUGACUGGCUGCAUCAAGGAUCACAAACGGAUACUAGACGACUUGUUGUCGGGUAUUGCAAAUCUAGCCUAUAUUUUUGGCUGCUGUUACCAGACAUUCCCCUUUUGUUAUAUCUGCAAUUUCCUGGAGGAAGAUGUUGAUCGACUUACUUUAUCAAUUUUUCAGUCGAAUUGGUUGAGUGCAUCACGAAGUUAUAAAUUAUCUCUAGUUUACUUCUUGCACAAAGCUCAACAACCACUUAAAUUUACAGCUGGCAGAAUUUUUGAAAUCUCUUUGCGCACUAAUAUAAGCGUAAGUAUUUUAAGAUUUAGUUCUCUAAUAUGA